GCCCCGCACCCCUUCCUGCCUUUGCCAUGGCGACACCGAGUGGCCUGAUCCGGGCCCUGCAUCGCGGGACCCUCGGCCAGGUGCAUAGUUCUGACGUUGGAAUCUGACGUGUUAGCUGUGCCUUGGAAAAGAAUAUGGUCGUGGAUCGGAUUUUCUCUGGUAUUCAGCCAACUGGGACACCUCAUCUGGGUAACUACCUUGGAGCCAUUCAGAACUGGGUGAAUUUGCAGGAAGAAUGCAGCUCAGUGCUUUACAGCAUUAUGGACAUGCACUCUUUCACCAUGCCCAAGGAGCCAGCUGUCCUGCGCCAGAACAUACUGGACACCACUGCUGCUAUCCUUGCCUGUGGUAUUGACCCAAAGAAGUGUUUCCUCUUCCGACAGUCGCUGGUUCCUGAGCAUGCAGAACUUGCCUGGAUUCUUGGGUGCUUAACUAAUGUGCCACGUCUACUGCGUUUGCCCCAAUGGAAGAUGAAGCGUGCCAGCCAGAAUAAUGAAGGAACUGUUGGUUUGUUGACUUACCCAGUGCUUCAAGCCGCAGAUAUUUUGCUGUACAAGUCGACACGUGUUCCCGUUGGAGAAGAUCAAGUCCUGCACCUGGAACUAGCCCAAGAUAUAGCACAACAUUUCAACAAGAAAUACGGAGAAUUCUUUCCUGUGCCCAAAGCCAUUUUAAGUACAACAAAGAAAAUAAAAUCCCUCAGAGAUCCGACAGUGAAGAUGUCCAAGUCAGACCCACAGAAGUUAGCUACUGUUAACAUAGCGGACAGCCCUGAUGAAAUAGUGCUGAAAUUCCGCAAAGCUGUGACUGACUUUACUUCUGAGGUGACCUAUGACCCAGCUGGUCGCCCUGGUGUCUCGAAUCUGGUGUCCAUUCAUGCUGCGGUAACAGGGCUUAGCAUAAAAGAAGUGGUGCAUCAAUCUGCUGGUCUCGACACAGCUCAGUACAAAAUGGUGGUAGCGGAGUCAGUUAUUCAAAAAUUUGCACCUAUCAGGAAUGAAAUCAAGAAACUCCAGGAAGACAAAUCCCAUCUGAUAAAGGUUUUAGAGGAUGGAGCAGAGAAAGCCAAAGAACUGGCUGCCCCCAUCUAUCAAGAAAUAAGACGACUGGUGGGAUUUCAGUAGAAAAUGCUGAGUAGUUGCGAGGACUUUUGUUUCCUGGGACAGACAUUUUGUUACUUGUAUCUUUAAUCAUUUUGGUUUGAAACAAAAACUUCUUUUCCUGGAAAAUCCAAGUAGAACAUUGCAGGUGUUUGCAUUAAAAAAUGUGCAUGAAGCCAGAUAUUUCCAGUGGGACCAGCAUUGAGCUUGUCUGGAUAGUCAAAGAGGGAGGACAGAAGCAAUCAUAAUUCAUGAAGAAAGCUUGCCAAAGCAGAAUAUAAGAUUGCCUAAACGGGGGUUUGGGUUUUUCCGUUGACGACUGCAAGAACCUGAGGUAUAGGCAAGGUGAUCAGAAUCUAGCAGAAAGAAUUGUAAUCUUCUGAGGAACAUCUUAGAUGUGCAUGUGAUCUCGUUACAGAUGGACAAUGCAUCCUAUUGGUGGUUAUUCAGCUUUGAUAUGGUGACUGAAUGCGUUCUUGGAUAACCAGAAUAAAAGCGCAGACUUAAAAAUCACAAUGCUCAGGGUGAUGAAGAGAGAACUUACUGCCUCUCCCUUUCAUGUCCUCAAACUCAGUGUAAUUUUGUAUCUGCACCUCGUUUGUGUGAAGUGAGUCACUGUGUCGUAUGGGUAUGGAUAUCCAUGCUCUGAAACUCACUGUGACUGCUGCGCUAAAUGGCCUCUUUGGUAGUCACUCCAAAGAGUCCUGAGAGUGGACUUGAAUUUCACUUCUGCCACCUGUAUUAUCCUGCUGGUCAGGUCUAAAGUACUUCAGUGAGAAACAACAUGUGCUUCAGCUGCUCCUAUUCCACCUGCUGUUUGGUUUAGCACAGAGCUCCAGGAUUUUCAGUUCAGCAUCAAGUACAGGAUUCCUUUAGCAAAGGUGCAGGGGAAAAGACGUAAUCUUCUGUGAAAAAACAUUUUAGGUUGAGAAAUCUGAGAACUUCCUGUAAAAUUUACAGAAUUACUGUUUAGAAAAUUGUGCUGAGGUCAGAGCCAGACUGAGAUUAUAUAGGUCUUCAUGAAAUCUCCCUAUUGAGCCUCAAGAAAGCUCAGUGAUGAGAGAAUGGUGUUAGCUCUGCUGAUCCUAGGCCUUACGAAGACCCACAGACUGGGACUCAUGGCAUUUGUUGGGGAAUGUGUGGCAGAGGGGAAUUGCCAAAAGGAGACACGCUCUUCCAAAGAGAGGGUAGUAAGUAGUACAUGCUAAAAGGUAAUGAAAGCCCUACUGGUCCUGUGCUAGCAUGUUUAAGUGUAUCAUUGCACUUUAUGGUGGUGUGUUUGAAAUUGCUGCACUGUGGUGUAAAUUGAGUUCAUCCUGUACUCUGGCAGCUCAUAACCCUUAUACACCUAUGGCGUUUGUCGUGAAGGAUUGCAGUCUUACAUGACUGAGUUAGUAAAACUGGGAGGGUUUCUAUGUAGUGCAGGUUUUUUUGUUUAUUUGUUUUUUUAAAAAUAAGUUAUUUAGUUAAUUAUCAUAGUGAGGUGAUUCAGAAAGAAUUAUUUAAUUUUGCAAAACAAGAAGUUAUGGACUGAGUGUCUGCAGAUCUGUACUGAGACCUGUAUUUAUUUGUUAGGGAUCUGAAGAAGAUAACAGCCAUGCAAGAAUUGGUGAUGACAGAGUUUCUAAAGUUAGUCAAGACUAGAGGAGCAGAGUGAAUGGAGACAGAAUGAUGGGAAACCAAAUUCGGUGUAGACAAGUCCAAGGUAACGUCCUUUCAAACAAAUAAGUGUAUUCAAAAAUAGUCCCUAUUUUCAGAGUAGCUGUAGCAGAUUAGGAAAGGGCACAGUUAUAACUGUGCAUAUUUAGGUAGUUAUACAAAACUUUUGUCGGUGUUUAACAGCUGCAUUAGUCUGCAUGGCAACUAAGACAAAAAAUUAAGGCACCUGUUACCGAUGCUUACUUACUUGGCAUAAGGUGUUUGCUGUGACACUUUUUAACAUGGGUUGAUUUCUGCAAAGGUCCCACUAUAGGUUCCUUAGAACUUUACAUUAGAGAAGCUAACACAGUGCUCAUGGAGAUACUGAAAAUCUUCAACACUAGUGUAUCUAGUUUCUACAUGUUCCUCUAUUUUAUUAACAAAGAUAGGAGCAUGUAUUCAAAAGGCAAAUCAUAGUUUCAAGGUGUCUUUACAGUUCCGAUACUUAAAUCACCUAACAUGUACGGUUGGCAUUCAACACACGACCUACAGUCAAAAGGAAAUAGGAGUAUUCGUAUGUCCUCAACACAAUUUAUUAAUAAAAAAAGAGGAGGGGAGGGGAUGACAUCAUCAGGCAAUCCUGGCUUAUUACCCAAGCUGUUCUGAGCAGUCUUUCCAAAACUAUUAGAUCUUUUCAGAAAAUCACAUAGGUGGAACAAGAAGAAAAGCUUCAAAGGAGCCCUUUCUUUGGGGUAGGUGUUUAAUGUUAGCAGUGUUUCAAUCAAACUUACUAUUUUCUCUCUUUUUAAUUCAAGAAUAGACUGGGGGUUUCCCCUUCCCUUUCCCCUGUCAGUCAGAACAAAUCUUACUUGCCUGACCUAUUUCCUUCAAGUAAGGAAAUAUGCCUCUCUCCUCUUCUUCUUCAGGGAAAUUAAACUUGUGUAAAAUUAGUAUGUUCACCUACUGGUUGUUGACUUUAACUUUUUUAUUUUAGUAGCCUCUGUGGAGGAAUUGUCAAAAUAAAAGCUGCGUCUGCCCAGUGAAAUAAUCCCAAUUCCACUAACUACCAUGGUCAUUAGAGUCCCCUGAGAGGAGACAAUAGCAAUGUAGAUGGUUGCAGUGUCUGCUGCCUAUUUCAGUUUUGUUAGAGCGUGGCUUUUCUGGGAAGUUAACCAUCUUGGCAUUCAGGUUAAGAGUCCAGCUGGGCCUAGCCUGGCUGCUUCUUUGCAUUCCUUGACCCAUUUACAUGGCAUCUGGGAAGAGUUGUCAAGAAGAAGAUGGCUUGAAGCAACAUAUGCUUGCUACUAUCGGUAAAAUUUAUUUUUAAUACCAAGCUGGUCUGAUCUCUUUGUUCUACCCCCCUGUUUCCUCUUCAGAACAUUUUUGUAAGCAUCAAUUCUAGAUGGUGUUGUGUGACAAUGUUUGCUUUAGCAAGGUAGCACAGAUAAGUUAGAGCAGCUUUUUAGAGAACAGUUGUUGGAGACGGCUCAAUGCUAUGUAUUUCAGAAGGAUUUAUUUCACACUAACUCUGGCUCAGGGUGCUGGGGCUUUACUGUUGGUUUACAUCUGGAGUGCAGUAGGUGUGCUCCUGAAAUACAUUUUCAUGUUUGGUUUCAUACAGUUCAUAUUCCCUGAGACUUCUCUCCGAUGCCUGCUGAAGUGCAGUUAGUGGGGAUGGUGGGGAGUUUCUGCAGAAGCGCGCUCCUGAUCCCAACCAUGGUGCUAGUGUAGGCAUGCCUUGUGGUGCUGUGGAAGUUGUUGUAAUGUGUUCUUCCAGGACUGGGUGGAAAAGAGAUCCAAUCACAUCUUUCCUAGUUGCAGAAAGAAGAGUUGAAAGGCAGAGAGGUAUCCUUACCCCUUGCUGUCUUGCUCUCUGUUUCAGCUUCCUUUUCUUCAGUGAUCCUUUUCCUUGAAUAUGUGCAGUAAUUUGUGUCUUGGUCUCAAAAUCUCCGCCUUUCCCAUUCCUAUAUGUUUAGUGCAUCAGAAGUACAUACGUAGUGGUUGGGAUCUGCAGUAUCAGAACUAGCAUAUCCAGGUAACUGAAGAGAUUCACUUACUUCUAGAGAUGAACAUCAGCUCCACAGUGAAUUACUCAGAUCUAUAUGCAUUUAUACUAUAUAUAUCCUAUAAACCUUCAUACACUUGAGACAUUUAUCUUUGCGACCAAUGGUUCCUAGGAAGUCAUCUUAUUGGUGAUAAUAGUGAGUCUGAUAAGCUGAUAGUGAGUCUCAGUUCUGUGCUCACAAUUUGGAGCACAGAAUUUACUGGGAAUUUUAGAUUCAGGAACACUGUUUUCUUCAGUAGUGUUCUUCUUCAGUUUCUUCUUCUUCUUCUUAGACUCCAGAUGAUGGUUGGCCUCAUAAAUUAACUCUGGCACUGCUCUAGCGUUCGCAUACAUCCGUGCCUCAAAUAACUGGACAGUAUGUAUAUUGUACAUUAUACUGGAAUUUGCUUGUAACUCUUAAAGAUGUGGUUGAAGUGCACUUAGUUCUCAAACACUGGGUUCAUAGAUUCUCCAGAAGGCCUUGUGCAUAGUUCUGAUUCAGUAUGUGUUGAUCUACAAACAAUUCAAGCAAAACUCCUUAGGAGGAUUAUGGUUGCUUCCAUUCAAGGUUAGGGAGUUCGUAUGAGUGAGCCGGUCCUCUGGUACUGACCUGUAUCUAAAUGUUUUGGGACUGCAGGUUAUCAGAGCAAGUGUUUUCUGAUCCUUGGUUAGGGCCAUCGUGAUCAUGAUAGCAGCACCACAGUAAAUACUGCUCAUGAAAGCCUUUAUGUCAGCUUAUGUAGGAACUCUGUAUCUGAUUUCUUGAGGACUGUACUACAAUGUGAAACUUUAAUUUUUCUGGUCUCUAAAGUUUGCUAGAUGAUUGUUUCAGCAGAAAUCUGUUUGGAAACAAUUAGCCAAAGACAAAUCUAAUCCUCAGAUCCAAAGCCUUUGGAUGUUUUCCAAAAGUGGGUAUUUCCCAAAACAGCUUCUUUUUGAUAAGCUACAAUACCAAUUUCAGUAGUUGCAGUAGAAUCAGUAAGAGCCAGAGGUCCAUUCUGAAUGACUCAUUUGUAUUUUUUCAUUACUGUUCUGCACAUUCUGCUUAUCCACAUGGCUCAAGGAGCAUGACAAAGCUCAGAGAGGGUCUGUGUGUAGUUCUGGUAAUAGCAACGAUAUAGAUCCAGGUGGGUUUGACUCUUGAAUCUAGUGAGCAUGCUCUUUCAGUGGUCCAGCUUGGUUAGAUUUAUGUUCCAAACAACAGAUGGAUCUUUCACCUGUGCUGAUAUCUCUGUAUUUGAGUUCCUGGAUGCUGCCUACCUGUUUGUUUAUGAGUGAUUGGUUUGCAGAGAGAAGUAGUCUAGCAUGCUAGCAUAGGGAGUCUGGUGGAAAAGGUUUUCUGUUCAGGAAAGAUGUUCUUGCCAGGAAAAAAACUUUCUUUCUGCUAUAUUGGACUAUCUAAAUUUCUUUAAAUGAUUUGAUCUGUUCCUUCUUUUUGGGUAAAUUUGGCAAUAAUAGCUGCAAGAAGAAUGUUACUUCAUUGUGUAGUCAAAAGUCUUGAAAGGACCCAGGUAUGUCCUCUACUCCUUUCAGAAGUCCCUUACAUCAUGGAACUUUACUGGUUGCCUGAGCCAGUUUCAGGGAAAAUGCUGUGGCAAAACUGUGAUCUUACGUGACAUUCAUUGAUCUAAUUAAAGCUUUUGUAUUUUGUUUUGGUUUGGUUUUUUUAACUCACGAGGUUGUGAGGGAAGACUUUUGUUAAACUUUGAGUUUCUAACCAUUUCUAUCACGUAAUCCUUUGCUGACCAGAUGACAGCUGAAGUAAUGGAAAAUUCUAUUUAUUGUCACAAGAGAUUCUCUGCUGAUUAUCACUGUCUUUUCUGCUGUUAUUGUUGGUUGUGCUAAUAGUCGUAUUGUGCAAGGUUUGACAGAAAAAUAUUUAUUUCAUUUUUGCCAGUGAAAAAUUAUUCGACCUGCAACAGUCCCACAUUAUUAUCCAAAUGGAAGAUUCAUUGAUCAUUUUGCUUUUAGCCAGCAGCUUUGGUUUCACAAUCAUUAUAUAUAAAACCAAAUGCCAGCCUUCUGCACUGAGGGAUGAGCACAUGUGCCCAGUUACAAUAAACAGUUUAACAUCUGGGAAGAUAUUUUGCUACUGUGGUAAAUUGCUGUCACAGAACACCAUGACUGAAGAUGAGAUUAUCCACUACAUGAGUGGUCUCGUGCUGCCUGUGGACGUGAAACUAAGCACCGAGCUUAACUUCUGUUGUGCUGUCGUGCUCUCAGCACUCCAAUAUGGCUGUGAGACAGGAAGAGCAAAUGUGUGCCACACCAGAAGGCUCGAUCACUUCCAGAUGUGCUGUAUUUGGUGUAUCUGCAAGAUGAAAUGUCAGGACAAGAGUUCCAGUGCCGAAAUUCUUAAAAGUUAUUAAAUGUUUGGUAGUAACAGCAUGCUUAUAAAAGCCUGGGUAUCAGAGCAUGGCUGUAGCCUCAUUCAUGUGGCUAACAGGAAAAGUCACAUGGCUGUAUGUCAUGGUGGAGUAAAGUAAGCCAUCUGCUUCCUCAAUACAAUCAAUGUAAUUAAUGAGUCUAAUUUGAAGGGUUAAUGGAUUAACCCUUACAGGUGGGAAGCAACAACUUAUGGCAGAGCAAGGUGGUAACAGAUCUCUCUUGCUGUCCUAAAGCAUCCAGAAACAAGAUGCUCACAGUUCACAUGCGGACUUCAUGUCGUACAAAGCACAGGCGAGAUCCUGCAUGGACAGUGUCACUUGUCCUGUGUGCUAUUGUAUUUACAACUCUCCAAUCAGUUUGAUUUCUGAGGCGUGUCUUCAUUGUUGGAGUGACUUUAUUGUCAUCCAUCAAUGUGAAAUGAUGGUCACGUGCUGAUAAAAUUAAUGAAACUUGUUAGAAACAUUGAAUGUAUGUUCUCUGCUAUUUUUGAUGAAAACUUCUUUCCUGAUGCCCCAGGAUUUAUAGAAACAUCUUGUUAAGUUAAAUACAGAUGAAACUUAUCAAAACAAGCCUACUCUCUGGCAUUACCCAGAGUUUCUAGUAUACGUGGCCUCUGGCUUCAUUCACCCUGUUUACCUUCAUGCUUCCUUCCCUAAACCGCAUCCCUCUCUGAGUAAAGUAAAAUCUUGUAUAUUGAAUAUUGUGAGACUGACUUUUUAUUGUGACUGGAAACAGUUGUUCAAAUGUAUUUAAAGACUCUCUUCGUGGCAUUUGCUGAAUGAAUAACAAAGAUCUCAAUAAGUGCCUCUUGAGUACUUGGGCCAAGAAAGAUCUUUCUGAGUGGGUUGGGGCUUGUUCUGCCCCUACUUAUUCCUUCACAGCCUGUCUGUCAGAUGUUCCUACAGCAAGAAGAGAAAAAGCAAUUUUUUGUUGAGGCUUGUAGGCUAAAUGUAAACUGUGAGUGGCAGUGUGGCAUCCAUUCUUUUUAGGCAACCCUUAUCAACUUUAUGUUACAUAAGUGCUUGCAAACUCCCAAAAUCAAAAUUGUGUGAAUAUUCAUGGGGGGAAAAGGGUGGAUAUUUUCCUUACAGUAGCUGUGUUUCUUUAAGACUUGUUAUCUGUGUGUUCUGUUGUGUCCUGCCUUCCAUCUGUUCUGAUCAGGAAGUUGCUCCUGAGAUUCUUGUUCUUGAAUAAAGGUUACACUUUUUUCUUGCAACAGGAAGCAAGGUGUGCAGCAUGAAUGCUGGGCUUCACUAGCUGUGUCUCUCUUAAAAGAAUCUGGUCAUACAUUCCUGGGGCAUAUGUGGAAUCCAUGUGGACAAGGCAUCUCAAAGGACCACAGUUUAAAGAUAGUUUUGAUGCACAGAAAGCUCCUCCCCAUCACAUCAGGAACACUCCUCAAGAAGCACUGAAGUUACUGUCUAGUCACAGGCUCAAUGUACUGGACGUGAACAAAUAAACCCAUUUCUGUCUCAGAGCUAGUGCAUGCACAAUGACACACGAGGCAGAAGAGCCUUGAUGGACCCUGAGAAAGCAUUGGUUGAGAGUCGAUUACUGCUGCCAUUGAGACAACUGAUCCAACCUGUGACACUCCUGGCUUAUGUUCAGCAAUGUGAACCCCCUAAAAGGAAGCUGUGAAGUGGAUGAAUUUACAGUGUGGGCUCCAUGAAGGUUGCAGGUUGUGUAGUGUUGGUAUGACCUGUUGGGAAGGUAUCAUUUUGGUGUCUAAUAACCAUUGCAGAAAUGGCUUGGAGAUGUGCUGGGAUUCUGAAGAUCUUGGAUUCAGGUUUGUUGCUGAUUUCUAUGUGGGAGCUCCACUGAAGUUGAAAUGUGCUUUUGCAGCUGGGGGGUGAUAUUUCUAAUGUGCUUAAUUCCAACAGAGAAACAGUGUUGUUUAAAAUAGAUGUCAGAGUUACAAUAUACUUGAAUAGAGUAACAGCAAAAUUGUGGUGAGCAUCACUGUGGUUUUAAUCCAUUUUGCUGAGCAGCAUCGUAUGCUGGCAGGCUGUCUUGGAAUAGGAACUCCACUUUUUUUCCUUCUGUAGUCCAGUGAAGUCCUGACUCAAAGGGCUUCACUCUACUUUCUGCUUGCCUUUGAGGAGAUGGAUUAGCUGAAGUGUGAAUGUCGUCUUUGUGGUUUAUGAGGAUGUUUCAGUAGAUGAUGAGUGGGUUGUCAGGGAAGAUCUCUAGGUGGCCUGAGAA